AUGGGAGGCAGUUCACCAUUCACUUCCCCCCUCAGUCCCACUAUCGGCCUCGACCGGCGCUGCAUGGGGUUCAAUCGCGACACCUCCGUUCAUCACUCGAACCACUGCGAAGAGCCCUUUGCGUUUCUGUCAGAACCUGGCUUCGCCUCGGACUUCCCGAUCACGGACGAAGAAGUGGAAUCCGUCGUGGAUGGACUAUACCACGACGUGGGCUCACAGCCGCCGACGGCAUCUGGCUCUGAGGCUCCAGUCUCCUCACACGGAGUAAGAAGCACUCGAAAGGCAGUCAGUCGUGCCAAGGGGCGUGAGCUCCGCGCUCGUACCAAGCAACGGAGUGCGAACCCCACAAGUAUCACGGACGUCGCUCCGGGGCAGGCGACCUCGACGGUCCCUUUUGGCUACGAAGUACGACAACGUCAGCCCGCGGCGUCGUCCUCACGAAUAACUUGGGAAGGACUAGCUAUACAGGAGCGAGGGAUGGGCAGAAUCUCACCAUCAAACACGCGAGGUCCCAUGCCUCCGCUCGUGACAAAUGCCUACGUCGGGCCGUUUGUAGGAGCAGACCCGAGCAUCGCGUUUCUUCCCCUGCCGUUCGACAUACCGGUGGUGGACGAGCCGCGCGUCGCAAACAGGCAAGGAUAUGAAACCUUCCGAACCCAUUCGGUCUCACACUUCGGGCGUGCCCUAUAUGCCCGUUGUUCCCCGCAUCACCAACUCGACAGUGGGUUCGACGGGAUUCCCAACGAGACUUCCGACACACGUCCCUCCGCUGCUGCAGGAUCCGGUCGCAAGUGCAGAUGGAGCGCAGGCGGCGAGGAGGAUGAGGACGCGCGCCCAUGCCCCGCGCCAUACGUGCCCCAGCCGCUGGGAGGGCUGUUCAUACUCUGGGACAGCAGAAGCCGUCGUAGUUCACUUUAA